AUGCACCUCCGAAAAGACCACGCCGAAGACGAUAUUUCUGUCCUGCAGAAAUUCGUCCAUGACAAUCCCUUAGGAAUCCUCACGACAGCCAUCAAAUCCACCGACCACGCAUUCAUCCAAUCCAGCCACAUCCCCUUCGUCCUCGACCUCGACGCCAACGAUGACUCUUCACCAGGCAUCCUCCGCGGACACAUCGCCAAGCAAAACCCUCAAGCCAAAGCCUUAAUGGAAGCCCUUGCCCAUCAACAAACCCAGGACCCUGACAGCCUCGAACUCCCCGAUGAAGUCCUCAUCCUCUUCAACGGCCCGCACAACCACUACGUCACACCAAAGUUCUACACCGAAACCAAGCCAGCCAGCGGCAAAGUCGUGCCGACAUGGAACUACUCCGCCGUCCAGGCCUACGGUAAGAUCAAGGUCUACUGUGACUCCAAAGCUCCCGAGACUGGCGCUUUCCUGCAGCGACAGGUUGAGGACUUGUCGCGGCAUGCGGAGAGGGAUAUCAUGGGGUAUACUGGCGGCGAGAAGCCGACGGCUUGGGGUGUUGAUGAGGCGCCGGUUCCGUAUGUGGAAUUGUUGAAGAAGAAUAUCAUUGGGAUUGAGGUGAGAGCGGAACGAUUGCAGGGGAAGUUUAAGAUGAGUCAGGAGAUGAGGAAGGGGGAUCGGGAGGGGGUUGUGAAGGGGUUUGAAGGGUUGGGAACGGAGGUUGGGGAUGGGAUGGCGAGGACGGUGAGGGAGAGGGGGGAACUGAAGGAUUGCAUAGGUGAACAUAGGUGA